UUUGUCCAUUUAUAUUUUUUUAAUAAUUGGCGUUUUGUUUUUUUUUCUAAGGGGACGUUUCAGUCUCACCCCAACUUAUGGAUUAUUUUCCGUGCCGGUUUAUAUGUAUUUCUCCUUUCACCUCCUAUUCGUUGUUCAUUAAAUUUAGCUUAUCACUUUUUUAGUGUAAUGUCGUCAAUGCCACAAUUAUCCAACGAUGUUUUACAAAUUAUAUCUGAAAAGCUACUCUUUAAAAAACCACUCGAUGAAGAAAUGUAUCGAAAAGAUCGACGACCAGACUCGAAGCAAAUGGAUUUGCGUUUAUUGACUGGUUAUACACUUUUCAUGUAUCACAGUGCAAAAAACAUGCAGGCUUUUCUUUCCAAUUUUACCAAGAUAAAGGUGCUUGAAUUUUUUACUUGUGGCGAAUUUAGAAUUGAUCUUUAUAAAGACAAAGUUUUGCCAUGGGAUGUCAAGAAAAAGAAUGUAUUUUUUUACUUUCUGUAUAAUUCCUGCAGAAUUUUGCGGACUUUUCUGCAGUUUUGCGGACGCAAUUAA